GUCUCUCGACUGGUCGUGUCACCAACGUAACGGAAGUACGUACGUACGUACGUCGCGCGCUUAAUGUCGCGUAAGUUAUUCGAUAUUUGCCGGGUAAUGUCGCGUAACUCGUUCGAUAUUGCGACAGUGAUAUUUCUAACGUCUUUCGUGCGCGACGGCGCGGACCUCCUUCGCGCGAUGAUAAACACUCGUCCGACCACUUCGCAAACUACCUUCGAUCACCACGAUCACCACACACCUUCGAUCGCGCUGAUGGUUGGGCUUCGUAAUGGCCGACUGACGCGGCAACUUCACACUCCGACCGGGAAUCAGCCGCGAUUCUGCGUGGAGCAACUUUGUAGCGACGACGCACGUACCACAUCGAAACGGCAAGUCAUUAGAAGUUAUAAUUAA